GCAAGCAUAAAAAUAUUUUCCUGAAUUUUUUUGACCUAUAGGUCAAGAGUUAAGGGUCCCUGAAGGGUCAACAUAGUAACCAUGGUAACCAGGCUUCAUAGCCUGUCUCAGGCAGCAUACUUAUGUUUGUAUAAACUGGUCCCUUUCUCAUAUACAUAUCUUUAUGCACCAUCUUGUUUGGGGAAGGAUUGGGUUAAUGGUUGGGGUGAUGAAUAUCCCCUAAAAACUGAUGCAUUAUAAAUAUAUGAGGUGAUGGGAGACCCCUUAUCCUUGCUGGCUUCUCCAGUCGACAUUUUGAAAUUUAAGUUUUGGAGUUUGUACUUACUGGUAUCCGCUCAAUUAUUAAUUUUUAAAAUUGAAGAUGACGUUGCAUAACUUAAUUUAUGGAACACUGUAUGUGUUAUAUAUAGUUCAUUGUGUUUGUGGUAAAAGUUGCGCGAAUGUCGAUAAAAUAGAAAUAGAUAAACAGGUUAAAGUUGUGUGUGAUGAGACGGAUAACCUGGGUGGAUUGGUUAUCUGGUUCAAGGAGACAUUACCAUCCAAUUGCAGUGGAUUUCUGAUAUGUAAUCAAACGAUGUGUAUGGAAAUUAAUGAAACUGUUAUGUUCUUCAGUGACACUAUCAAAAUUGAAGAAGUAGAGUAUGAAAAUAAAAAGAUACGGGUAUGGGGAAGUGAAAGCUAUGUAACUUUUUAUUUUAAAAGUUUCGUGGAUGCCAGCCGUUAUCUACUAAAUAACAUCACAAUUUCAAACGCCAACCACACAUUUCCAUCCAAUAAACUAUCCGACUUAACUCAGGAAAAAAUUAGUGACACUUAUUGUAAUAUAGCGGCUGAAACGAAGAACUGUACCACCAAGCAAGCAGUAACUAAAGCUAUUCAAGGCACUACUCCUCUUCCUUCUGCAUGCACAGUUCUAAUUCUGUGCAACCAAAUAUCAUGCAUCAGGUUCAACUACACAAGUCUCCUGCAUUCAGCCUUCUUUGCCAGAAAGCACACGUUUAUUCCUACCAACGAAGGUAAAUUGCCAUCUUGCUUUCAUCUUCGUCAAGAUGCAUUUUUCCAUCCUGGAUCUCUCCGACGCCCACGUGGUAUUAUACUUUCCUUGGAGAAAGCUAAAGUUAAAAAGGCGCCAAGCGGAUUACCUUUCAAUCUCCCUGGAUAUAGAUAUUGCGGGCCUGCCACCGAUAUUGAGAAGCAGGAUGAUCUCGGUGGCCCAAUAAAUGCUGUUGAUGCAGCAUGCCGCAAACAUGACGUCGAUUAUUUGCUAGGGGUUCUACCAUCAGAGGCAGACGAGGCACUUCUAACUACUGUGCAAUUACAUCGAAAAGAUCUGUUCCCACUUUUUGCGGCCGCAAUGAGUGCCAAAAAAUAUUUCGAAAGUCAAAUUGGAGGGUCCUAUACAUCCUUCUUAUAUUUCUACCCAGCAGGAUUUUAUCCCAGUUUAACUUUGCAUUUUGCACAUGAAACGGUGUACGAUAAAACUUCAGCAGGAACACUAACAACUGCUCGUGCCAUCUGGGAAGGCCAAGCUCAGGAGUCAAAGUGGAUAAGUAUUCUGCAAAAUAUUUGGCUAGGGAGCUGCUACACGGUGGAUCCAGAAACUAAUGUAAAUCCACCGCAUAUCGAUCAAAAACAGUCUGACAUGAAUUCCCUCGUCAUGCCAUGCUCAAAUGUGGAUGAAAUGGACACCAAUGCAGACGCACUUGAGGAUGGUGAUGGAGAUGAUGAACGUGGGCACUGUGGACAACGUGAAGAGUUAGGGGAAGGGUCAGCUCCUGGCGGUGAAUCACCAAUGGACACUUCAAAUACAGAGUAUGCAUCCAAGAGUACAGAAGGUGAAGAUACAUGUGUGGGAACAGACAUUUACCCAACGGCCCCUUACAAAGGGGGAUGUAGGAUGAUUUUGAACGAAUUUGCAACCAAGAAUGAUGAUAACCAGAUUUCGUUUAUUGAACAUGUUCGUAUUUCCCCAAAAGGCGCUCGUCCUCCAAAAACUAAUUCACUUAACGGAUUCGUUGAAAUAAUCCUUGUGGGCGGGAUGACUAUCCACCAAGUAAUGUACGCAUCUUUCCAGAACAAGAUCUUCUCAAUCAUACAAGAGAAACAAACUACGCAACGCAAAAUAAAAAAUUUCUACUUUGUCCUCGGAUCGAAACAAGUUGCACCAGAUAUGUUGUUUUCUGACAGCCAGAUUACUAGUGACCAUCUCGAAGGAAUCUUACCUGCCGAGUCAUUGACGUACUGCAUAAUUUUACUUCACUUCGGACACAAUCAAGGGCAAUUUCAUCAAGCAGUUCAAUCUUUUUCACUAAUCCAAAAUGUUCCACCCGGCAGUGACACGGUAGGCUAUCUCCCAACCCCCAUAAACGACGAAAAGAUGAACCUUAUAAACGAGUUCAUUCAAGAUGUCCUAAUUGUUGGUCCUCCUUGUCCGGAUUCUGAGUGUGGAUAUUUCUAUUCCCUUCUCAGAGCUAAAGAACAGGUAUUGGGGGAAGGUGAAAUGCGAAUUCCUUUAUCUGAUGUUCCUAGACGGAAUGAUGGAACCAAACCUUACCUUAGUCUUUCGAGGUGCAGUCCUACGAGUUUUCCUAUGCAACAAUUAGCCUUUGAAAUUGAGAAAGCAACACCGAAAGCGAAAAACGACUGUAAACAACCAAAUACUAAACUCCCAUUCCAACUACUUGGUGUUUCACUACAGGCGACAGCUCAAAAGUUAAUUGUCAACGCCAAAGUAUUCUUUGACAGUAACCAGGUACAGUGUGAAAUACUAACAGGAAACUCUGUCACCAAAACUAGCCAGAUUCUAGGAAUUGGAGAGAGAACAGUUUAUCAGACAAUGGAGAAUUACAAAACGAAUAGUAUAAAAACACCUGGUAAGAAACGUAUUAGACCAACGCCAGUGAUGGAUCAGUUUGACGACUUCCGAACUGAGCACGUUAAACGAAUCAUUCAUCAAUUCUAUGCUAAUAAUCAAGCACCAACAAUGCAUAACGUAUACACAAAACUGAUGGAGGAAGUCAAGGAAGAAGAAGAUGGUCGGAUAGCCCGAGGAGAAACUCUUACAGCGUUCAAAUGUUCCAAGUGGACGUUAAGAAAACUCAUUAAGCAAUUAGGAUUUAGAUUCAAAACUGUUGAUAAGCGAGCAGUUAUCCUCAUGAGAUCAGACAUCGUGCAGAAGCGAUAUGAAUAUCUGUCCGUAAUGAUUAAAAAUCGUCAGUCCGAGAACCCAUGUCACGGGAGGCACACUUAACUUGACCAGAUAUCCUCGUGACAAGCUUACUUAUCUGGACUAGUACCUCUUCCGUAAUAUAACUUUACUUGAAAUCUAGACUUUGGCUACUUAUGCCCUAAAAAUGACUUUGAUAAUGCUUUCAGCGCUUGACUUGACUUUAGGAUGAUGAAAUCUUAACUUUAACUCGCAAUUAAAAUAACCAAGCUUGUAAAUACUUAUUUUUGGAAAUUAAAAUGGAGCUUUAUUUCAAUCAAACUAUUUGGCAU